AUGUCUCGGAGUUUCAUCGGACUCUUCAAACUCUCUCCUUCAAACCAUGCCCUCAUACACAAGAGACCCUUUCGUUUGUUUUCAUCUUCCGUAACCACUCCAUAUUUAUUACUCGGCACCACGUUAAAGAAUAAUCUCCCAGACGGUAGUGACGUCAGAGAUGUCCUCUUGUUUGAUCCGACCAAAGAAGAGAUGCUCACAGUUCCCAACAUAACAUUCCCUGAAGAACUCGUACGCACAGCGCUUCUUCUCGUCGAGUCAUGA